GGACACUGCUCAGACACACACAGGAUACAGGGACAGUCACACUGGUGGACAGAUCUGCACCGUUACAGAGAGUCUUCUAUUUCAGUUAAAAGGAACCACCCUUACAUAACAGAUCAAGAUGGCAGACAAAAUCAAGGACGCAAAGAUCAUCUUUGUUGUGGGCGGGCCUGGCUCUGGCAAGGGCACCCAGUGUGAGAAGGUGGUGGCCAAGUAUGGCUACACCCACCUGUCCUCCGGGGACCUGCUGCGUGCUGAGGUGGCCUCCGGCUCUGAGAGGGGCAAGACCCUCCAGGCCAUCAUGCAGAAGGGAGAGCUCGUACCCCUGGACACAGUCUUGGACAUGAUCAAGGAUGCCAUGAUCGCUAAGGUUGACGUGUCCAAGGGCUUCCUUAUUGAUGGCUACCCCCGUGAGGUCAAACAAGGCGAGGAGUUCGAGAAGAAGAUCGGAGCCCCCUGCCUGCUGCUGUACAUUGACGCCAAGGGUGAGACCAUGGUCAAGAGGCUGAUGAAGCGCGGUGAGACCAGCGGCCGAUCUGACGACAAUGAGGAGACCAUUAAGAAGCGCCUGGACCUGUACUACAAAGCCACCGAGCCAGUCAUCGCCUUCUACUCCAGCCGCGGCAUCGUCAGGAAGAUCGACUCCGAACUGCCUGUGGAUGAAGUCUUCGGACACGUUGCCAAAGCUAUCGAUGGCCUGAAGUAAAAAGCAAACAUGACUGGAUCUAAAUUUAUUUUUUGUUAUUUUUUUCUAAAUGUCCAUCUUAUGCUGAAAAAAGCAACAACUUGCUGAGCCACCUUGGUUAUAAUGAAAGGCCAUUAAAGAACAGUGAUGCCUUAAUUCAACACUGUACUUCUCCUUCAGCAAUAAUCUCUUGUUACAGUUCACCAACCACAACCGACACCCAUAUACGGCCAUAUUUACAAGAAUGUCAUAACUUCCUGAGAGUCUACUGUUCACUUCCUGUUUGCCUGCCAUGUCUUGUCCACACUUACAGUACAGUGUGUUUGUGUGUAUGUAUUGUGUGUGUGUGUGGUUUUCUAAAAACCACACCUGUUCCUCUGUCUCAUUAAAACAUCACCUUCAAACUAA